UACAUGGCACUCCUGCAUUAUGACAUACAUAUAUACACACUCUGAUAUCUACUGAAAGUUCUUGAUACUGUAAUGUGAUAUCAUACUCAGAGCAGAUCUCAGCAUACUUAUCAAUUCUUAUAUCUCGAAUCAAUUCGUUGCCAAAUUGAAGCAACGUUGCUUGUUAUCAAAUACUUUUUCACCUAGGAGCGUCUCUGUCAUAUUUGUUUACUUAUUCGGGUUGGAUUCGAAUACUUAAGUAGAUAAAUGAACAAGGCUUGAUCAAAAUUAUCAAACACACCAUGGCGAAAUCAUCAAUCUCGUCCUCAUAUUCAUCUACAUCAUCAUCUUCCUCCUCAGCAUAUAAUGUAGGACCCUCAAAACCAUCCUCCUCAACCUCAUCCUCAAGCGCUCACCCUCCAUCCUACAAAAUUCUCUCCACCCUAAUCUUUCCAAACACCCCUCAAAAACAUCACACCGUUGGUCGAGGCACUCCCGGCAACGGCAUCACUCCUUGGAUGAACAGUGGUGAUCUAAGAAUUCUAGGGGGACGAAGAGGAAAAUUGGAUCAAGUGGAUCCGGAGAGUUUGACAAGUUUUUGUUGAUCUUUCGCUAUGUAAAUUAUUCUUCGCGAUGCGGAAGACGAUUGUGGAGAUGAGUAGUUGGAUCAUGGGAAAGAGGGGAAAGUUACGAAUGUAUGAAUUCUACGAGCAACGGUCUGGAGUUAUGCAAAUGGGAAGGAAAGGAAUGGAAAGGAAUGAAAAGGAAAGGGAAAACUCGGGGAAAAGAGAUGGAAAAGUGUUUAUUCGGUGCAUCGCAUUAUUCGGAAGGGCGUUCUAUAAUCUAGCUUGAAGCUUCGCAUUAUCAGGUUUAGGUUUUCGGGUUACUUUUGGAGAGGGUAUGCUCCAUGCAUAUUUUCACGUUUGGAUUUGGAUCGAAGUUUUGGAUGGAUGGACGGAUGGAUUAGCGAGGAAUUUGGAAACUGGGAGGUAUUUCUAUGCUUCAAAUAAUUAAUGAUGAAGAAAGAUACCCUGGACUAUUCAAACUCAUUGCAUAAUUUUAUAUAUAUGAGAGAAGUCUUCCGUUUAUUUAUUUAUCCGUUUCUUUGCAA